UGUCGCGCAGCCCCGCCCCCUGGUCGGUUUCUAGGAGGCGGCAGCCGCUCCUCGUCAGCCCUUCCCGGUUGGCGGAGCCAGCUGCACCCAGAUUCUCUGGUGACGAUGGGGGACCCCAGCAAGCAAGACAUCCUGACCAUCUUCAAGCGCCUCCGCUCAGUGCCCACCAACAAGGUGUGUUUUGAUUGUGGUGCCAAAAACCCCAGCUGGGCAAGCAUAACCUAUGGAGUGUUUCUUUGCAUCGACUGCUCAGGGUCACACCGGUCCCUGGGUGUUCACUUGAGUUUUAUCCGAUCUACGGAGUUAGAUUCUAACUGGUCUUGGUUUCAGUUGCGAUGCAUGCAGGUUGGAGGAAAUGCUAAUGCGUCUUCCUUUUUCCAUCAACAUGGGUGUGCCACCAGUGAAACCAAUGCCAAGUAUAACAGUCGUGCGGCUCAGCUCUAUAGGGAGAAAAUCAAGUCACUCGCCUCCCAAGCCACACGGAAGCACGGCACUGAUCUGUGGCUUGACAGCUGUGCGCUUCCACCCUUGUCCCCUCCACCAAAGCAAGAAGACUUUUUUGCCUCUCAUGUUUCUCCCGAGGUGAGUGGCACAGCAAGGGCAUCAGCACAGCCAGAACCACCUUCUUUACCACCAAGCGCCGUGGAAACUGCUUCAGAAACUAACGGAGGUGGACCAGAGCAAGGACCAAGUGUGGAAGGUAUUAAUGUACCAUCAAAGGCUGCGUUAGAGGUUUCCUCUAUCAUAAAAAAGAAACCAAAUCAAGCCAAAAGAGGACUUGGGGCCAAGAAAGGAAGUUUGGGCGCCCAGAAACUGGCAAAUACGUAUUUUAAUGAAAUUGAAAAGCGAGCUCAAGCUGUAGAUAAGAUGAAGGAGCAAGACGACCUUCGGGCCAGGGCGGCGCCUCAGGAAGAAUCCAUUGUCUCAUCAUUACGAUUAGCCUAUAAGGAUCUUGAAAUUCAAAUGAAGAAAGAUGAAAAGACAAACAUGAGUGGCAAAAAAAAAGUCGACUCGGAGAGACUUGGCAUGGGAUUUGGAAAUUGCAGAAGUGGCAUUUCACAUUCAGUGACUUCAGAUAUGCAGACCAUAGAACAGGAAUCACCCAUCAUGGCAAAACCAAGAAAAAAGUAUAAUGAUGACAAUGAUGAUUCAUAUUUUACUUCCAGCUCAAGGUACUUUGACGAGCCAUUGGAGUUAAGGAGAAGUUCUUUCUCUAACUGGGAUGACAGUUCAGAUUCCUAUUGGAAAAAAGAGACCAGCAAAGAUACUGAGACAGUUCUGAAAACCACAGGCUAUUCAGACAGACCUACUGCUCGCUACAAGCCAGACUAUGAGCUAGUUGAAAAUACAAAUGAGGCCCAGAAGAAGUUCGGCGAUGUCAAGUCCAUUUCAUCAGAUACAUACUUUGGAAGACAAGCCCAGGCUGAUUAUGAAACCAGGGCCCGUCUGGAGAGGCUUUCGGCAAGUUCCUCCAUCAGUUCGGCUGAUCUGUUUGAUGAGGAGCGUAAGCAGACGCCAGGGAACUACAACCUCUCGAGCGUGCUGCCCAGCGCCCCUGACAUGACGCAGUUUAAGCAGGGAGUGAGGUCCGUUGCUGGAAAACUCUCCGUCUUUGCUAAUGGAGUCAUGACUUCAAUUCAGGAUCGCUAUGGUUCUUAAUACUGACAUCAUGAUGUGCGUUUCCUGGAGAAGUUCUUCUUUAGAUGAAUCAGUGACCACAUCACAGGCUGCCAUGAAGACCAGACGAUUUUGCAGAUUGUUUUGCUACUUUUUCACAUGGUAUAUAUACAUUUCUGUUUUUUAAUAUUGUUUUUGAGAAAUUCUUGUCUUUGAUGUAUUAGAAGCUUUACUGUCAUUUCUGUUUCACGUUACCCUUGCGCGUGCCCUCCUUUGAGCAUACCCACGCAUGUGCUUGCUUUGUUUUCUUGGAAUCUUUAGUUUCAACAGCUGGGGCCUGGAGACUCCGGCUCCUUCCGCCUCUCUGUGGCUGAGAGCUUUCAUGUGGGGGAGCAGGGUGGUCUCCUCGUGGCUCGUGGGCCAAGGGCUACCAGAACCAGCUCAGGCUAGAUGCGCCUGGAGGAGGACUUUCAUAGCACACACAUUUCAUUAAAAAGGGAGCAAAGAAUGAAAACAAAAGGCCAAAAAUGCCUAGUGUCUAAUUUGACGGAUUACUUCAUUUACAUUUCCACACAGUAGGGUGAUUUCAAAACAAUGUUUAAAGUCAUCUGUCCGUUUGUAACUAGAUUAUUUUGUAUGAUCUGUAAAUUUAAAAAUAUUUUUCAGUGAGUGCUUUUAACAAGCCUAAGCUUCCACAUUGCCAAGGGAAUGAUUUUUAUCUUUUUGACAAGGUGUGGCUGUUUGAAUUUAUGAGAAAUGUAAGAUGAGAACUCCCUAAGUGCGUUUAUCAAUCAAUAUGGUAUAUAGAAUUAAAAUAGAAUAAGGUAAGAAGAUACAGCUACAGAAAACAGUUCAGUGUGUGAGAAAAUAGUAAUUGUAAUUGGGUAGUUUUGUUAAUAUUUUUUAUCUUAAUCUUAGUUUUCAAAAAAUUACAGAAUGUGUAUAAAUGAAUAAAGAAAAAUAAUUUGGCUGUGUUUUAGACAGCAUUAGAAUAUAUUGUUCAGAACAGUAAAAUAUAUUUGAAAUCUGAUGAACCAAAAAUGUGGUUUCAAAUGAAUAUUUUGUGAAUCUUUCUUAAAAGCUCAAAUUUGUAGACUUCUAAGUAUA